AAAAAAGGGAGGGAGGGGGCGCCUCCUCCUCCUCCUCCUCCUCCUCCUCGGCUCGCGGAAAAAGAAACUUAGGGCGGCCGAGCAGAGGAGAGCAGCGGUGCCGAGGCGAGCCGGGCCGGGCCUCCGAGCGCCGCCCCCCGCGCCGGGGGCCAACAUGGUGUCCUGGAUGAUCUCCCGAGCCGUGGUCCUGCUUAUAUCUGCCAUGCCACCUUCAAUUUCUCUUUUGAGUUUUUGGCGAUUUUGAUUUUCCUGAGAUUGUGGAGGCUCAUGAUCUGCAACCAGAAAGCAUCGCUGGUUGAUUUUUGGAAUAUUGUAUCCUGCUUAUUAUUCAUACAAAGCUGUGAAAACAAAAAACGUCAAGGAAUACGAAAUGAUGCAAUCUCUGAAAGAGGAAGAAGGCAGGUACCUUGGAUCUCAGAGCCUUGGGGUUCACUGGCAGUUGCAAACAGGGUAUGAGUAAUGAUCCAGCAAAGAAAAAUGAGGAGUAGCCAGACAGGUCCAGAAAAAUGAAGAGUUGUUUCAGGAAAACCCAGAAAGGAGAGAAUAUCCAGGGAGCGGUUCGGUGGAUGAUGUAUUGGAUUGUUUUUGCCCUUUAUACUGUGAUUGAAACAUUGGCAGACCUAACCGUUGCUUGGUUUCCCUUGUACUAUGAGAUGAAGAUUGCUUUUGUCAUUUGGCUGCUCUCUCCAUACACCCGAGGGGCAAGUUUAAUCUACAGGAAGUUCCUUCACCCACUACUUUCUUCAAAGGAAAAGGAGAUCGAUGAUUAUAUUGUGCAAGCCAAAGAACGAGGCUACGAGACCAUGGUUAACUUCGGUCGCCAAGGUUUAAACCUAGCAGCCACUGCUGCUGUGACUGCUGCCGUAAAGAGUCAAGGAGCGAUCACUGAACGUUUAAGAAGUUUCAGCAUGCACGAUUUAACAGCCAUUCAAGGAGAUGAACCUGUGGGACAGGGGCCCUAUCAGCCUGCCCCUGAAACAAAAAAGAAAACCAAAACCACUUCCGGUGAAUCCACAGGUUACAGAAUUCCCUCAAAAGAUGGAGAUGAGAAAACAGACGAAGAUGGUGAUGGGCCGUAUUCAGACGAUGAAAUGGUAACACACAGAGGCCUUCGAAGAUCGCAAAGCAUGAAGUCUGUGAAGACUGUCAAAAGUCGCAAAGAGGCCAGUCAAGUACGAUAUGGCUCAUUAAAAUAUAAAGUGAAGAAGAGACCACAGGUGUAUUUUUAGUUGACCAGAUAUCUCAGAGUAAACUGCUGUAAUGCAAUAACUUGAUUUCAAUACAUCACAUGUUUGUCCAUUUAAAAUAAUUCCUCAAGGAACAGUGAUGAUAGGAUGGAUAGCAAUAGCUUUUAUCUGUUAAGUACAUGGGUAGCUUUUAUUUCUCUAAUUAUUACUUAAUAUUCUCAACUAUUAAAAGCUAUUUAUAUAAACUGUACUUCUUUAAACUCUGAAGAUAAAUUACAAGUGAUAGAAAAUGUUACCCCUUUUUAAGUUGGUUAACACUAAUUGAGUCUUUGCUGUACAAGGCAAAAGCACACACACAAAAAAUUUCUUUAGUGUACUUGAAAAGAACAUUUUUCUGGUUCAGGAAACUUUACAAAGCCUUUAUGGUUAUUGUAAUUUGCUUACCUCCAUUUGUGCUAUGUAAAUUAUAUAAUGAGUCAUGAAAGAGACCAGUUUAUUCUAAAUUUGUGCAUUGGUACAGUGAGCACAGAAGGAGAGAGAAUAAGUUACAUUUUAUAUAUCCUUGGAAAUUUUAUUUUUGUAAGAUUUUCAGGUCUCCUAAUCCUCACCAAGUUUUAAAACUCUGAUAUGAAAACCAGGUAUCUACACCCAGCACUUUCAUACCUAUACAGCUUUGCACACUUAAAAUUGUUUACUUAUUUACAGCUGUACAUUUUUUUCUUUUAUUGAAACUAUUUUCACCAUUCUUUGUCUCAUUUUGCCACGUCAUAUAUAUGCUUUAUUCUCUUUAAUUUUUCUUCCUAUGGGUUUAGUUCUUUAAAUGUAUUUUGAUUUUGGAAAAAUGAAACAUAGCUGACCUUUUCAUUAAAUAUCCGUUUUAGGUUUUUAAAAUUACUCUACCUUCUCAUGAAUGAGAAGCAAUGUGUGACUGAUAUCUACUUUUGCAUUUGCAGUUCUGUUUUGCAGUUAAAUAUAAUAUGUUCCUAUUAAUAAUACUUAUUAAGCUUUUUAGUUUUAAAGACAAUACUAGCUUAAAUAUAGUAUGGUAAGCAGUCCAACACUGCACCCUAAUUUCAUGAACCGUCUCAAAGCUUGAAGCAUAAAUUAUUGGUUUUAUGUGAAUCUCAGUGAUCGAUUUUUGAGUCUGGCAUCGGCUGGCUCCAUUUCAUUUCUGGCUAAGAUAUCUCCCCUGAGGAUGAGGACAUCGCAAUGGGAAAUAUAAGGAUUGUUAUCUUUUUUUCAUCUGAAAAACCAUUUCUAUCUGAGGAAAAUGUAUCCUAAUGAGUCUUCUUUUAGCAAAAGGUUUGGGGGUUUAAAUUAUUGAGCCUUGAAUAAUGGACUCUUAGUAUUACGUACCUGAAUUGCUUUCUUCACAUUGAAAACCAAAGUCUUUUGAAUGUGAUUCUGUGUAAUUUUUUUUUAGAGCCAAAGUCUUUUGACUAUGAAACAAUAUGUGUUUUUUGGAAAUUGGAUCUUCACCUCAAAGAACUGGUGACCAUUUAGUAAUCAGGAAAUGGAGAUUUUAGAAUAUCUCAUACAUGAAUUGCAGAUAGGAUUAUAUUUGUUCAGAAGUUGUAUUCUGAUAUCCUACUAGUUCUCCCCGACUCUUGCACUGCUCUUCCCCUAAAAAAGUCCUUUUGUCCUCUGCAUUUCUUCUGGAAUAGGGGUGUUCCAUUGGUGGGAAGAGGAAGGUUUGCUCGGAAAUCACAUCUUUAUUGACACAUGGUACAUUUCCUGUUGAUGCCCUUUCUACUCCUGCUGAUUAACAGAAGGCAACAAUUAGUAACUCUCUUUCCCCCCAGAAUUAGCUCAUAAGAGUGACUACAUAAGCAUCUUCUCCUUGAUUAUUUAAGAGAAUUCACCACUUUCUCUCCUGAAUCACUGGGAUUUAUGAUCACCAGCUCUUCAGGGAGAAAGCUUUGUUUACAUGCUUAUAGUGCUGGCCUAGUUCAUGCUGGUUAGAGAAAAGCAUGGCAUUUUUUUGUGCACAAAACUGUCACUGGUCAUGACGGGUCAUCACUCCUGAAUUCCAUGAAACCUAGAAGAGUGUGCAGAUUGGCUUUGUGUAGGCCGUGUUAUGACUAAACCCACAGCGUCAGGCUGUAGUGUAGUCUUUAUCUUACUGAUCUUCCAUCAAAGGAUAAAAUCUUGUUCAGCAGGAAAAAGGCAAAGGCACUUCCUAACUUGAAGGGAAUGUCAUCCUCUUGGGAACCUGAAUUUUUUUCUACAAUCAUAGAUCCAAAGUGAAGGUUAGAAGUAGAAGUCUUUUGGAAUUAUAAAGAAAUUAAAAAAAUCCCUCUUCCUCUUAAAGGAUUUCUGGUCCCCAUUUUCAGAGGAUACAGAUCACAUCACCAUUUGCUCUGUGGCCUUCUUUAUUCUCUCCACUUCCUCUCCCCCUUUCCCCUGUUACUUGCUUUUGGAAUAUUUUUCUUAAUGCUUCUUCUUUAAUCAGUUCCCCCCACCACCACGACCAAUUAUACUUGUGUUUUGUAGUCCAGUCUUCUACGAGAUUCUAAUUUUUUUUUAAACAUAUCCCUGUCGUCUCCUUUUCCUUCAUUACCAGAAAAUUCCCUUUUGUUCACUGUAUUCUGCUCUUAAAUCUUAAGGGAGAUGGUGAUCACUUAUUGAGUCAGGGUGCCUUGUCUCUGAGUGGCACUGCCAGGAAGCCGCUCUACCAGCCUGUGCCAGAGGCACCUAGCGGCCAGCCACAGGUGCCCUUACCUAUUUGUAGCACGUCUUCUGUAACCAGAUAAGUUUAUCUGUUCAUAUUUUGUUAAUGUUAUGGAAUUAGUUUGUCAUUAAUAAAAAUUAGGUAUUUCCAGAGUUUAUUCAUAGUAGCAGGAAUUUAUCACUUACCCUUGCAACCUGUAAUAUUUUUCUUUUCAAGUGAGCCAGAAAUGUCUAAUAUGGACAAAAAUGUGUUUGUGUGUGUGUAUACACAUGUACAAACAUGUUCAAUACAGUCAGACCCUCCCUGGGGCCCUUUCAUAUGUACCAUAUACAAUAGAUUUUGGUUAGAGAAUGAUAUAGCCAUCGUUACCAGCCAUGAUUACUUGACCAUAUUUUAUUGGUUACAUGUAACAAAUUUUUUAACAUUUUCAGGGAACUUAAUCCGUAUGUCACCACCAAAGAUUUCUGCAGUGUUUUGAAUUAUGUAACAGAAGUAGCUGAAAAACACAAAUUAACUGAAAUGUGCUUUCCUUUUUUUCUUUCUUGACUAAAGCAAUUUGCUCCUCAAAAGUGUAUGAACUUUGUUUUGUUGAACAUUCAUUUCCAUCAAAACAUCACUCACCAGGUCCCAUGCCUAUUUUAAUUAGAAUGUCUUCUUCCAAAUUCUAAUUUUGAUCAUCUUUAUCAAGAGAAUUCUAAGGAAAAAGCACAUAUUGAAAGCAAAAUAAC